UCGCCCUGAGCUGCGGCCCAGGGUCCGGAGGGUCCGGAGCCGCAGCUGGAAGAUGCGCCCCGCGGCUGCCGGCACCCUGAAGGCAGUGUUCUUCAUCUUCGCCUCCCUGUGUGCCUGGUAUUCUGGGUACCUGCUGGCAGAGCUCAUUCCAGAUUUGCCCCUGUCCAGCGCCGUCUACAGCAUCCGGAGCAUCGGUGAGAGGCCUGUCCUCAAAGCCCCAGCCCCGAAAAGGCAAAAAUGUGACCACUGGACCCCGUGUCCCCCAAACACCUACGCCUACCGGUUGCUCAGUGGCGGUGGCAGGGACAAGUACGCCAAGAUCUGCUUUGAAGAUGAGGUGCUCAUAGGAGAAAAGACCGGGAAUGUUGCAAGGGGAAUAAAUGUUGCCAUUGUCAACUAUGUGACUGGGAAAGUGAUAGCAACACAGUAUUUUGAUAUGUACGAAGGAGAUAACUCUGGACCGAUGACGAAUUUUAUUCAGAGCGCUCCCUCGAAGUCCCUACUCUUCAUGGUGACCCACGAUGAUGGUAGCAGCAGACUGAAGGAGGACGCUAAGAAGGCCAUAGAAGCCCUGGGAAGUAAAGAGAUCAGGAACAUGCGGUUCAGGUCGAGCUGGGUAUUUCUUGGAGCAAAAGGCUUUGAACUUCCUGCAGGAAUUCAGAGAGAAAAGGUCAACCACUCAGAUAAUGUGAAGAACAGGUAUUCGGGCUGGCCCGCAGAGAUCCAGGUAGAAGGCUGCAUACCAAAAGGACCAAGCUAACGUUGCCCGGCCUCAA